CGUCUGAAGAAGAGUGGAGGAAAGAAGGAAGGAAGGAAGGAUGGUAGUGAAUCCUAUCCCUUUUUAAGUGACCCACAUCUUACAUACCUACAUAUCAUCUCUCUCUCUCUCGAGGAUUAUUUUUCUCUCUCACCAAGAUGUCGGCGUCGGCAAUAUUUAUUCUCGACCUGAAGGGAAAGGUGCUAAUCUGCCGUAACUACAUGGGGAACAUGGACAUGAAUGAGAUCGACCACUUCAUGCCCAUCCUGAUGAAGAGGGAAGAGGAGGCGGAGGCGACGCCGCUGGUCACCCACGGUUCCUCACACUUCAUGUGGAUCAAACACAGCAACCUUUACUUGGUGGCGAUGACGAAGAAGAACGCGAACGCUUCCCUGGUUUACUCCUUUCUUUAUAAGAUCGUACAGAUAUUUAAGGAGUACUUUAAGGAGCUGGAGGAGGAGAGCAUUCGGGACAACUUUGUGACGGUGUACGAGCUGAUGGAUGAAGUGAUGGACUUCGGCUUCCCUCAGACCACCGACAGCAAGAUCCUCCAAGAGUACAUCACCCAACAGGGCCACAAAUUAGAAAUCGGAGGUCCUCGACCUCCGGCCACCGUCACCAACGCCGUGUCCUGGAGGUCAGAGGGCAUCAAGUACAGGAAGAACGAAGUGUUCAUGGACGUCAUCGAGUCCGUCAAUCUCCUGGUGAACGCCAGCGGCAGCGUGCUGCGCAGCGAGAUCGUGGGAAACAUCAAGCUCAGGGUGAUGCUGUCGGGGAUGCCCGAGCUCCGACUGGGCCUCAACGACAAGGUGCUGUUUGAAAUAACAGGCAGAGAGAAGAGUAAGACCGUGGAACUGGAGGACGUGAAGUUUCACCAGUGUGUCCGUCUGUCGCGCUUCGAUAACGACCGCACCAUCUCGUUCAUCCCCCCCGACGGCGAGAGCGAGCUCAUGUCAUACCGCCUCAACACCUCGGUGAAGCCUCUCAUAUGGAUCGAGAGCGUGAUUGAGAAGUUCUCCCACAGCCGUGUGGAGAUCAAGGUGAAGGCCCGGAGUAACUUUAAGACGCGGUCCACUGCCAACAACGUGUCCAUCCUGGUGCCGGUGCCCAGCGACGCCGACUCGCCCAAAUUCAAGACCAGCACCGGGAGCGCCAAGUGGGUCCCCGAGAAGAGCGUGGUGCAGUGGAACAUCAAGUCCUUCCCCGGCGGGAAGGAGUACGUGAUGCGGGCGCACUUCAGCCUCCCCAGUGUGGACGGGGAAGAGCUGGAGGCCAAGAGGCCAAUCACAGUCAACUUUGAGAUCCCUUAUUUCACCGUGUCUGGCAUUCAGGUACGUUACCUGAAGAUCAUCGAGAAGAGCGGGUACCAGGCGUUACCGUGGGUACGCUACAUCACACAGAGUGGAGAUUACCAACUCCGGACGAACUAAAGGACGAAGACGCUGCUAGAAGGAUGGAUCUCUCUCUCUCUCUAUCUCUGUCUUCCUCCCUCCUCUCCUCUCUUCUCCUGCUCUCUCUAUCUCUCUCUCUCUCUCUUGUCUCCUCUCCUCACUUCUCCUCUCCUCUCUGUCUGUCUUCCUCUCUCCUCUCAUUUCUCAUUUCCUCCUCUCUCCUCUCAUCACCUCUCCUAUCUGUCUGUCUGUCUUCCUCUAUCCUCUCCUCUUGUAUCCUCUCCUCUCUCUCUCUCUCUGUCUGUCUGUCUUCCUCUCUCCUCUCCUGUUGUCUCCUCCUAUCUCCUCUCCUCUCUAUCUAUCUGUCCUAUCCUCUCCUCUCAUGUCUGUCUUCCUCCUCUCCUCUUCCUCCUCUCAUCUCCUCUCCCCUGUCUGACUUCCUCUCCUCCUCUCCUCUCCUGUUCCCCGUCUGCAAUGGACAUCAGAGGUCAAGCGCAGGAGGACACAGGAAACGAGACCUCAUCCCUUCCUCCAAGACAUUCUCAACACAGACAGGCUGCUGUGACCUUUGACCUGUGUGACCUUUGACUUGUGUGACCUUUGACCUGCGUGACCUUUGACCUGUGACUUUUUUUCAGGACUCCAGCAAAAACGUUUUUUAAUAUAUUAAUAAUGAACUGAUAACUUUGUGACAAUUGUUAUUGUCGAUAUCCUCCGAGGUUAAUUUAGAUUAGAUUAGAUUAAAUAUUCAUUUUUUAGAUAUUCCUUCAAUAGUCUUUAUUAGAUAUUCAUUUAUUAGUCUUUAUUAGAUAUUCCUUUAGUAGUCUUUAUUAUAUAUUCCUUUAGUAGUCUUUAUUAGAUAUUAAUUUAUUAGUCUUUAUUAUAUAUUCCUUUAAUAGUUUUUAUUAGAUAUUCCUUCAUUAGUUUUUAUUAGAUAUUCCUUUAUUAGUCUUUAUUAGAUAUUCCUUUAUUAGUCUUUAUUAGAUAUUCAUUUAUUAGUCUUUAUUAGAUAUUCCUUUAUUAGUCUUUAUUAGAUAUUCCUUUAUUAGUCUUUAUUAGAUAUUCAUUCAUUAGUCUUUAUUAGAUAUUCCUUUAUUAGUCCCACAGUGGGGACAUUUCAGGAUUAAUACCUUAAUUCUGGAGGAAAAGACAAUUUUUGAAAUAUGAAACGUAGGAUUUGUAUUAUUAUCUUUGUGGCGGCGCUCGGCUCGUCCACUGAGACGUGUCCAGCUGUUUACCGCAUGACACGCAAACCGAAAAGAUGACGUCACGCCACCGUAGUCACGGUGACGGGUCAUUGUACAUUUUGUAUUUCUCAAAGAAACAUACAAUGUGAUCACAUUUUGUCUUCUUUUCACGAGGGAUUGUUUUUCAAACCACUCCACCAGCAUGUUUAACUGUGAGGGUUUCUAGCCCUCCUAUGUUUUCUUCUUAAUAACGACGUUAUGAUCCAUAUCCAAUACGUUCAUAUCUCUGUUGUUGAUCUGCCUCCCUCUGCAGGAACCAUUAUAUUUUAUAUUCAUUGCCUUAAAGAAUUGCCGAUGUAUCGUCACACGUUAGAGCUGUGGACAUAAUCCCGCGGGGCGCUGACGCCAACACCAGCGACCGGAUCGAUGACUCAUAAGACGACAUAUCGCCCGAGGACGCCUCUGGCGGGGGGGCGGUGACCUCGUGCUCCAAAACCAGAGAGAAACUUUAUUUCAUAUUUCUAUCCAUUGCUUUUUAAUAUUCUAGUAAUAAUAAUUCCCCUGUGGAAGAUGUGUGUGUGUGUGGGGGGGGCAAAGUGAAUUUGAGAAUAUGGACAAACUUUUUUUAUGACUCUUCUAUUACAAUCGUUGUGUUUAUUUUAUUUCAUUACAUCAUCGCUAUCUCGCGUGGGGACAUUUUUUUCUGACACCAGUUGUUCAUAAGUGUGUGUACUCUGUGUGUGUUUUCAUUGAUUGAUCAACUACUAUUUGUCGAUUGGAAGCAAAGGGAUAUAUUUGGAAAUAAACUUUUUUGUAUGUUGA